AUGGAUAAUUACGUCUCGGUUGUUACCCGAUACGUUCAUGGCGCUAAUUGCUCUAGAGCAAAUCCUUUCGAUGAUGAUGAACCGAUGGAUAUGUUUGAUGUUAAUGAUGAUACAGAUGAGCUAGAUGCUGCUCUCUUAAUUGAAUUUGUGAAUAUUUCUGCGGAAGAAAGACGUAUUUUGGAUCAACCUGUUCAAGAGAAUCUUCAUUUAGAAGAAGAAGGGAUUGUUCAAGAGCCUAAAAAAGCUCUUUUAACGCAUGAGGAAGAAGUUGUUGAAGAAGAUGUUGUCGAGGAGUCUACUCAAGCUCCUAAUAAUGAAAAUAUUGUGAUAUCCCCUGUUGUGAGAACAGAGGAAGCCCAAGAGAAGGAGGCUGAAAACAAAUAUGCAAGUUAUGUCAGGCCUCUUCCAUUCCCAAAUAUCAUUGUGGGAAGUGUUCAUGAAAAUGUCAACAAUCCUCUUCACUACUCUAGUGAUCUGUAUGAAAGAUUUCAGAGAGCUGAAAGAGAAUUGUUAGAAGAAGAGCAGAAUGAAGCUUGUAAGGUGUCUGAGAAGAGUCAACUGGAGCAAUCCAUGCAUAUUCAUACCCAUUUUGAACCUUUUCAGAGUAUGGCAGCAGAAUCUCAAGAGAACUCAUCUAAUGAAGAAACCUCUGCUAAAGGUAUCAAGUUUCUAAAGUCUAUGACAUUUGUGCUCUCCUCUCUUCAGAAGAACAUGGUUUCUAUGGGAUCAAACAUGAUAAAAGCUUUGAACACCCAGAAAGAAGAGAGAAAGGAAUUUGUUGAGGUUGUCAAAGUGCUUACUGAAUUGGACAAUACUCUAAAGAACAACACAAAGUUUCAAGCAAUAGUGAACGCGAAAGCCGAUGCAGAAAGAGAUCAACCUCGAAUCACCCAAGGCGAGUCAAGUAGAAGAAGUGACGGUGUGUCAAUCGGCACUACAUCUAGACGAGCGCCAAGCAACGAUGAAAAUCCUAGGCCAACUAAAAGAGACGGAGGUCGAAGCGGAGGUGAUCGUGGAGACCGAAGCAGUGGUGGUGGUCGUGGUAGGCAUUUUGGCUUUGAUCAAAGAGGUCGUGCCAGUGGCGGUGAUCGUGAUGGUAGACCAAGUGGAAGCGGUCGUGGUGGUCGCAGUCUUCCUCCUUUUCUAAAUCUGCAAAGCGGUCAAGACAUGAGUCCAACCGAUCCUCGAUUUCUCAAACAAUGUUUAUUUGAUGAUGUUAUGAAUAUUGGUUUUGGAAGUUUGUGA